ACUCGGGUCAGCCCUGCGUCGUUGGUGUCCUCGACGCUCUCUUUCUUUCCCCCUUCACUCCUGACGACUAGGACCGGAUGGGAGAGACAGUCAUGGAGGAGGGAAAGCUGCUCAGCGAGGCCCUUAGCACGGUCAAAAUACAGGUCCAGCAGAUGAAGCGGCAUCUCGAGCUGGACCAACUUAUGGAUGCGCUCAAGAGCGCGAGCUUGAUGCUUGCAGAGCUGAGGACGUCCUCGCUCUCGCCGAAGCAGUACUAUGAGCUCUACAUGGCUGUAUUCGAUGCCCUCCGGCACUUAACUAACUAUCUCUAUGACGCGCACACACAAGGCCGGCACCAUCUCGCAGACCUCUACGAGCUCGUACAAUAUGCAGGCAAUAUCGUCCCUCGUCUCUAUCUCAUGAUCACCGUCGGCUCUGUUUAUAUGUCUGUUCCCGACGCACCAGUAAAGGAGAUCAUGAAGGACAUGAUGGAGAUGUCACGCGGAGUGCUGCAUCCUAUCAGAGGAUUGUUCUUGCGCCACUAUUUGAGUGGGCAGACGAGGGACCACUUGCCCAUAGGUGUUGACCCAGGGCCGAUGGGUAACCUCGACGACUCGAUAACCUUCGUCCUUACCAACUUCAUCGAGAUGAACAAGCUAUGGGUCCGUCUCCAACAUCAAGGUCAUUCGCGCGACCGGGAAAAGCGCGAGAUGGAGAGGCGGGAACUCAGAAUUCUGGUCGGCACGAACCUCGUCCGGCUUAGCCAGCUUGACGGUGUGGAUCUGGGUAUGUACCAACAGACGAUUUUGCCAGCGAUCCUGGAGCAGGUCGUGCAGUGUAAGGACGUGAUCGCGCAGGAAUAUCUUAUGGAGGUGGUCAUUCAGGUCUUCACGGACGAUUUCCAUCUUCAUACCCUUGGCCCUUUCCUCUCAGCCACUGCCCAGCUUCAACCAAAAGUCAAUAUCAAGCAGAUCGUUAUUGCUUUGAUCGAUCGACUGGCCGCAUAUGCUGCUCGAGAAGCUGAGAGCGAAGAUCCCGAAGAGACAAAGAGGCAGGAAGAGGCCGCGGCCAAACGUUUGGCGGAGAGGGUGAAGCUGCAGCGGGCCCGCGUCAGGGAGAACGGCAACGUCACGAGCCCGACUGGCGACUUCAAGUCGGAGCAUGACGCCUGGGGAUCUCCUGUCUCAAGUCCCACGGUGCCUUCAAGCGGGGUCAAUGGGACAAACGGGACAAACGGUACCCAUGAGAAUACAGAGCAAGCGGAGAAGAUCGAUAAGGGCAAGGAGAAGGAGGGGUCGAGUCAAGUCAAGAAGUUUAGAGGUGUGCCGGAGAACGUGAAGCUGUUCGAAGUGUUCUGGGAACAGGUCGUCCAAUUGAUCAAGGCACGUCCGGACCUGUCGAUACAAGAUGUUACGGCACUCUUGGUCUCCCUCACGAACCUUUCAUUGAGCUGUUACCCCGAUCGCCUGGAAUAUGUGGACCAAGUCCUCGGCUUCGCCAGGAAUAAGAUUCAGGAGUAUGCCGAUAGCCCUGAUCUUCACACCCAGCAAACCACCAACAACCUUGCCGCUCUUCUUGUCGCUCCUAUCAAAUCUUACACAUCUGUUCUUACCCUUCUUGCGCUAGAAAACUACGUUCCUCUUCUUAACCUUCAAACUUUCGCCACUCGCCGUUCGCUCGCACAUUCGAUCGUCUCGUCGGUGCUGAAAAACGAGACAAUCAUUGAAGCACAAGAGGAUGUGAAUGGUAUUCUUGAGCUUUGUCAAGUCUUGAUCAGGGAGCAACCGGAUGCGGGUGUCGGUAUGGGGAGCACAGGGCCACCGAGUCUGCGAGAUGGAAGGAGGCAUGGGCCAUACGGCAUGGAGAGGGAGGAUCUUGCGGAGGAGCAAGGGUGGUUGGCGAGAAUGGUGCAUUUGUUCAAGUCGGAGUCCCUGGCGACGCAGUUCGAGCUUCUGCAAACAGCACGGAGACAUUUCGAAGCUGGAGGAGAACGGAUGCGUUUCACAUAUCCAGCACUUAUCACCUCUUCCAUCAAACUCUGCCGACGGUACAAGCUCCGAGAACACCUGGAGGAUGAGUGGGAGACCAAAGUAUCUGCCAUUCUCAAGUUUGUCCGACAGCUCACGUCCAUCCUUGCCAACCAAGUGGAGGCACCCACCAUUGCUCUUCGUCUCUUCCUUCUCGCCGCCCAAAUCUCCGACGAAUGCGGGUUUGAAGAUCUUACCUACGAUCUCUACGUCGAAGCCUUCACUGUAUACGAAGAGUCGAUAUCUGAAUCUCGGGCACAGCUGCAGGCCAUCACGCUCAUCAUCGGCACUCUGCAGGGCGCGAAGGUGUUCGGGAUCGAUAAUUAUGACACGCUCAUCACGAAGGCCGCUCUGCAUGGGGCGAAGCUUCUGAAGAAACCCCACCAGACGAGUGCGGUGCAAUUGGCGAGUCACUUGUGGUGGCAGGAGGCCCCGAUAGCUGCCAGUGGGGAAGAUGAGGAGGCAGAGAAGGUCGAGGAGAAAUCAACGCCGGCAACCACUGCGACACCAAAUGAGGAUGGAUCUGAACCUUCGCCGAAGGCUUACCCUCAUCAGGACAGCAAGCGUGUGCUAGAAUGUCUCCAGAAGUCGCUCAGGAUCGCCAACUCGGCAUCGGAAGAUAUUGUUACUACCCAACUCUACGUUGAUACCCUGGAUCAAUACGUCUUCUACCUCGACCGUGGUGCUUCAGCAGUAUCGCCCAAGUUUGUGAACUCCCUAGUACAGCUUAUUACCGGCAAGAUCGACGACAUCUCUUCGCCUGAUGUACACCCCUCGCAACGUGCUCCCGCCGGCCUGCUCGAGGGUGUGCAGACACCUGAGAUGAUCACGAGGCAUUUCAGGAAUACGUUGACCCUCAUUCAGAGGAAGAAGGCUGCGGCCGAGGUUAAGGAGGCGAACGAGAGAUGGGACGAAGUGGACAUUGUGGGAGCAUUGUUGAAGAUGGGCCUGGGGGCACGAUGAUCACCGGUGGUCUGCCGCUUCAUUCAUGAGCCAUAGUCUGCAGGCUGCAUGCUACCAGUGUGGAUUUCCUUCUCUGCGUAUUCAUUGUUUUCUUCCGUGUCUUACGUGCCCUUUCGAUCGAUCUUUAAGGACGCUCAGUGCAUUCGUCGUGCGUUGAUGCCUGUUUAUUCACUUUCUUCUUCCCUUUUGUUCUCGCUUCCUUCCCAGUGUUGUUUUCUUUGUCAUGUCCUGUUCUCUCUCCCAAAUGUUUGUCUUUUCUAGGAUUACCCCACAGCUUCGUGUAUAUUCUUUCUGUGCUGUUGCAUGCAUCUCUAAUGUAAAGGUUGCGAUGCUAUUGACGUUCAUGCCAGUCAAUUGAGAAGCCGGCUGAAACGCCACUGGGGUGUUCUGUCGGACUCUG